AUGUUUCUAAAGACUAUUUCCCUGGUGGGGUUUUUAUGUUUGCUGUGUGCUAAGGCGGCUAUCUUGAUUCCAAGGAGUGAUCCUCCACCCCCAGGAACUGUAACGAUUCCUCCAACCACGACGUUCGUGGUAAUGGCACCCGACGUAUUAGUAACGAAAGUCACUACAGUACCAGCAGAGCAACCGUUUGCGAGUUGGCUUGCUAAUGCCAUACCUAUCAUGCCCGACAUUCCCGUCAUAUCCAAUCUUGUGGGCGUCAAACCAACCAUUCCAAGCUCAUCGCUAAGCCCAACAGCUCCACCUACAACCUCUUCUAAAAUCUCAUCAAGUACAGCCGUCAAAACUUCUUCCACAGGUUCUUCAAGCUUAACAAGUUCAUCUCGAACCACCGCUUCUAGCUCCUCAAAUGGAGGUCCAAUGUCUUCUUCAACAACUUCUACUAUGCGGUUAAAUUCAACAACAGCGGCAAGCACACCUGAUAUCCCAACACGUAUCAUUUGCGUACUUCCUCCCCCAGAGCCUUCAAACGAUUAUUUGAACACAAGCGCAACACCCCAAACUGUCCCAUGUCCCAAACCAAGCCCAAUCACAGACACAUCUUCAAGUUUAGUAAUGUGGAAUACGACCGCUUAG